AUGGUCGCCUCAUCUAGGCCCUUGCCGGCCAUGAGUGUGGUGAUCCUCGCCUACACUAGCCUUGCCUGGGCUAGGCUACCCUUGCCUGACUUGGAAUCGAGUAUACUCAGAGAGCGGGCGUGCACUGCACUGGAAGAUCAUACCUUGACCCGACAACUCAAGCGAGCUGAACUCACCGACGCUUCGACUCCGGCCAUGUCGAGGCAACCAAGACCUGACCUCCUGGAAGAAUUGUCUGCUUCGUCCACCUCUGUGAGUGGAAACAACUUCCACGUAUUCUUGAGCUUUAGAGGCCCCGAUACUCGCAAUGGCUUCGUCGAUCACCUCUACCAUAGACUCAAGGAUGUGGGCCUGCCGUUCCAUCCGAACUUCGUGUUCAGAGACGAUGAGAACCUCCCCUUCGGCGAGGACGUCGCGGCAAAUCUCAUCAGCGCAAUCACCGGCUCUAGAGUUUCAAUCCCGGUCAUCUCGCCAACGUAUGCUUCUAGCCGAUGGUGCCUCCGUGAGCUCAUCCACAUAAUGAAGUGCAAGGAAAGCAGAGGACAGUUAGUCUUGCCCGUGCUUUACAAGGUGAGUCCUGAGGACGUGCGGUACCUGCGGGGGAGCUUCGGAGAUGCCUUCCGGCGCCGUGAGCAUCGUUUCGACGAGGAGGUCAACCGACAAGGAAGGGAAGCGCUCAAAAAAGCAGGUGACUCCAGAGUAUUCGAAUCAGAGAAAUUUGCUGAUGGGCAUGAAGCGGAAUUGGUAAAUAAACUUGUGGAAAUUGUGAUGGGCAAGCAGCAAGAAGAUUUCCAGCCACGUCUUCCAGUGAACGUGGUUGGAAUUGAUGAUCGUGUGGCUGAGGUCAUGAAAUUGAUGGAUACUGCUCGUCCCGACACUCAAGUUGUUGGGAUUUAUGGGAUAGGGGGCGUCGGUAAGACAACUCUAGCUACGGCCAUUUAUAACAAGCUUUUUGACAAAUUUGAGUGCCGCAGCUUUCUCAAGGAUGUUCGAGAAACAAUUGAUGGCAAGGGUAUCGGGCAUGUGCAAUCUCAAUUGAUCUCGGAUAUACUAAAACUUCAUGACUAUCGAGUGCCUGAUUCUGAUAUAGGAAUUAAUACGAUCCAAUCCCGUUGCACGCAGAAGAAGGUACUUAUUCUUCUGGACGAUGUUGAUCGUCAAGACCACCUUGAUAAAUUGAUUGGAGGUUGCAGCUUCGUGUCAGGAAGUAGGAUCAUAAUUACGUGUCGAGAUAAGACCCUCUUGAAGUCUAAAUAUGAGUACGAACUCAAAGAAAUGAAUGCCAAAGACUCUUUGCAUCUGUUUAGCAGAUUUGCAUUUGAUGGGAAGGAACCUCCGGCAGAACUUGCGGCUCUUUCCAGUGAUAUUGUUGCCACCACAGGAGGGCUUCCCUUAGCUCUCAUGGUUAUAGGUUCACUUCUCCGAGGAGUAAAAGAUCGAAUAGUGUGGAGAGAGAUGCUCGAGAAAUUGAGGAAUGCGCCUGAUGAGACCGUACAAGAGAAGCUGAGGAUAAGUUAUGAUACAUUAAAAUACAAGGAAAAGCAAAUGUUUCUAGACAUAGCAUGUUUUUUCAUAGGAACUGAAAAAAGAAUUGCCACCUACCUGUGGGAGGAUCUCAAAUUCUUCCCAAGAAUCGGAUUGCAAAUACUGAUUAACCGUUCGUUAAUAAAAGUUGAUGAUAACAAUGAGUUGAGAAUGCAUGAUCAACUAAGAGAUCUAGGCAGAGCUAUUGCUCGUCCAGAAGAUAUGGAGCCUUGGCGUUGCAGCAGACUAUGGGACGAGGAAGCCAUAAAAGUUCUACGACGCAAGGAGGAAAAUGAAAAAAUCGAGGCACUACAUCUGGAUGAAAGGGGCUCAAGAGAGUUCAUGCAGCGAGAGAGCUUCAAAAGAAUGCCUAACCUGAAGUUCCUUGAUGUGAGUGGUGUGGAUUUUGAUACAGAUUUUAAUGAUUCACUUUCUGUGUUAAGAUGGCUAAAGUGGGAGGGUUGUCCCGAAUCUUUCGAGGCGACCAAUGUUCAUUUGGAGAAAUUAGUCGUACUUGAUCUAUCCGAUGGUUUUAUCAGUGAAAACUGGGGAGGAUGGAGUUCAAUCAAGAUGGGGAGGUUGAAAGUUCUCAAUCUUUCGCGGUGCUUACAUUUACAGAGCACCCCUAAUCUCUCUGCGUUUAAGAAUUUAGAGAUGCUAAUACUGGAAGGUUGUACGUAUUUGGAGGAAAUCGACCCUUCCAUUGGAGAUGUCAAGUCCCUUGUUUCCUUGAACUUGAGGGCCUGUGUGAGUCUCAAGAAGUUACCCUCACAACUGGGUGAACUGACCAAACUGAAGGAACUCGAUAUAGGCUAUACUGCUAUAGAGGAAAUUCCUCCAUGUAUAGGUUCUUUGAAGAAGCUGGAGAUGCUUAAUGCCUAUGCUUGCACAUCUGGUUAUUCUUUCUGUCAUGUCCCUUAUUCAAUUGGGAAGCUGGAAUCGUUGACUGAACUCAACUUGUCAAAUACAGAAAUUUCAGAAUUACCUGAAUCCAUUGCGGAUUUGGAAAACUUGAGAAUUUUGAAUAUUUCUUUCUGCAAGAAAUUGAGUAGUUUACCCAGUACUAUCAGCAAGUUGGGAAAACUUGAAGAAUUAAAUGCCUCAGUCUGCCAGAGUCCGGGAGGGGAAGUCCCUAUAGAUGGGUUGUCUUCAUUGAAGAUCCUUCGAUUGUCAUCUACGUGCAUUUCUGGCUUGCCCGAUGCAGUUGGGAAGCUUUCUUGUCUCGAAGAACUUAACUUAGCUGGCUGCCGCAUGGUAAAAUCGCUGCCUCAAAGCAUCAGUAAGCUGUCUUCUCUGCAACACCUGGAUUCAAGCAAUUGUGAUCUUCAGUCGCUGCCGGAGCUUCCUGCCAGUUUAACAGUUCUAAGAGUCACCUGUCAGCAACACACAUUGCCUCAAAUUUCUUACCUAAUCCAUCUUAAAGAGAUUAGUUUUCAUUUUUGCAAUUUGCUGGAACUCAUGCCAAAGCUUCCCUCAGGAACAUUGAAGCUUCGUUUCUACUGGUGUGAUAAGUUGAAAGAGUUGCCAGGUUUGUCAAGUUUGGAAUUCUUAUCACAAUUAUUAAUCGAAGGGUGCCGUGAGCUGACAGAAAUCAAGGGUCUGGAAGGAUUAAAAUCUUUAGAUUACCUAUCUGUAUCUAGAUGCAAGAAGUUUUCCAACCUUGAUGGCCUUGAACAUCUAGAGUCUUUGAGAAACUUGGAAAUGGUGGACUUGGAUGCUUCCCUAAUGGAUGAUGAUCUAGUUCAAGUUCAAGGCGUUGACAGAUUGAAAAACUUGGAAGUGCUGGAAAUUAGUUCCUGCGGGUCCCUUGUGAGGCCAGACCUUUCGCAAUUAACACAUCUGAAGCGAUUAAUAGCUAGAGAUUGUGACAAUCUAGUUGAAAUUAAAGGCCUUGAGACGUUGAAAAAAUUGGAACGCUUGGAUAUCUGGGGGUGCAAAUCCAUUGAAACAUUACCAGACCUCUCGUACUUCGAUAACCUGAACUAUUUGAACAUAAGAUUCUGCGGGAAGCUUCGUGAUGUUCAGGGCUUGGAGAAAGUUGCAUCUGUGGAUAGAUGAUAAAGCGAUUCAACUGCAAGGCCUUAGCAAAGUGUCCACAUCUGUCGAAUUUUCGAAGAUUUUAUGGAAUGGUGGGGGUCAAUUUUGCAUGAACUUGAGGAGAUCACAGAGCUCCAAGAAUCAACUCAUCUGAACUCUAGAAGACAUUCAGCGAUGCAACUUAUUGGAAUUUCAUAUGUUCAUUGCACUUCUGCAGCAGACAAGUAAAUAAUCCCUGAAAAAGAAUGCUCCGAUGAGUCGAGCACUUUGGCCACAAUGUCGGAGUGAUUCACGUGUCCAUUCAAAGGUAAAUAAAGCAGGUCGCACUAUUCAUCGAGAUUUAC